GGUGACGCUAGGCGGACAGAUCGUCACGUGACACGGAAGUGACUACGAACAGGAAGAGGACGAAAAAAAUAACCGUCCGCGACGCCGAGCCGAGCCGGACCCGCAGCCACCAUGAACAGCAAAGGUCAAUAUCCAACGCAGCCAACUUACCCCGUGCAGCCUCCUGGGAACCCUGUGUACCCUCAGACCUUGCAUCUUCCUCAGGCUCCACCCUAUACUGAUGCUCCACCUGCCUACUCAGAGCUCUAUCGUCCGAGCUUUGUGCACCCGGGGGCUGCCACCGUCCCCACCAUGUCAGCUGCAUUUCCUGGCGCCUCACUGUAUCUUCCCAUGGCCCAGUCUGUGGCUGUUGGACCUUUAGGUUCCACAAUCCCCAUGGCUUAUUACCCAGUUGGUCCCAUCUAUCCACCGGGUUCAACAGUGCUGGUGGAAGGAGGGUAUGAUACAGGGGCCAGAUUUGGAGCUGGCGCUACUGCUGGAAACAUUCCUCCUCCUCCCCCUGGAUGCCCUCCCAAUGCUGCUCAGCUGGCAGUCAUGCAGGGAGCCAAUGUCCUCGUAACUCAGCGGAAGGGAAACUUCUUCAUGGGUGGCUCAGAUGGUGGCUACACCAUCUGGUGAAGAACCAAGGCCAUCUCUAUGCCGGGAAAGACAUCACAUACCUUCAGCACUUCUCACAAUGUAACUGCUUUAGUCAUAUUAACCUGAAGUUGCAGUUUAGACACAUGUUGUUGGGGUGUCUUUCUGGUG